AUGUAGAAAUUUGAUAAGGAGAGAUAUUUUCAUAAGAGUCCAGAAUAAAUAAGAAGGGAGAAACUUGACAUGAAGAUGCAAAAUGUUAAAGAUGAUCAACAAAAUGGCGUCGUUAAGUAUUUCAUGAAACACAAAAGUUCGGAUUAACUGCAGUCUCCCGUUCAUAAUGUUCAAUACUAUAGUAAUAAAGACAAACCGAAAAUGGUACUUUAUCGCACUCUCCAGAAAGUUUAAGUCGAACCUGAAGUUAGGAUAGAUGAAGUUAAGGAAUUAAGAUGGCGUGUAUUAUCGAAAAAUUGCCAGAACUUGUUGGAAUUAAGUAGGGUUGCUCUUGAUAAACUGAGUGAAUUUAAGUUUAUUUCACCAACACCAUAAGCUUCGAAACCAGCAUCAAAUCCUAAAAUUAAGUUUCUUUCUAAAAGGCAUUCUAUCGAACUUCGUUUAGGGGAUAUCACUACUCCACCUCCAUCACAACCUAAACCAGCUCCAAAAAUACUGCAAGAUCCCUUCUAUGCCAAAUUUAAGAAAUUUUAUUAAAAAAUUGGGUUGCAAGUUAAGGAGCCUAAUAAAUUUAAUCUCAAUCAAGAUGAUAGAUAAACCUUACAGAGUUCUGAAAAAUAAACUCAUAAGAAACACAGAAGUUUGCAUGUCUCUCCACAAUAAUCAAGUUUGAAUUUCUCUCAAAAGAAACCAAAGAAUGCGUAUUUUCUUUAGGAACUCUUAAAAGUGUCCUCCAACGCUUACAGAUUUUAAGUGAGUUUAAAAAAGGACCAAUCAGAAAAUAUCGAAGAAACUAGUCAAAAGGUAAAUAACAUAUAGUCAGAUUUUGACAAGUUCCACAAGUUAUUAAAUUAGUCUGACUCAUUUUGA